UAGUUUUGUGGAAUUCUCAGUCCCAAGUCUUUUGACAAAAAGCAAGAAAAAAGACUUCCUACUUUCCCAGUCCAAGUAACCCAACCCAAGAAGUGGGCGUUUUUUUGAAUACUCUUAACGUGAAAGACAGGCAAAAAGCAAGAACAACCCGAUCAAUCUUUGGCGCUCUCCUCUUUAUAUAUUCUUCUUUUUUCGCAAUUUAGUUUGUAACGGUCUCAACAAAUCCUCUCGGUUCCUCUACCCUUCUCUCUAUAAAACCUCCUUGCAGUUUCUGUUUGCGAAUUAACCCAAUUUCAACUGCGCUAACCCUAGGAUUUGUGUGGAGAUUGAGGACAGUUAUGGCUGAAACUAUAGCUAAUGGCCGGCCUGAUCAGUUUGCCAAUAAUAUUGAUGGACCGACCAAUCCUAUGGUCACUCCUAUUUUAACAGAUCUCUAUCAGUUUACUAUGGCCUAUGCUUACUGGAAAGCUGGAAAACACAAUGAACGAGCCGUGUUCGAUUUGUAUUUUCGGAGGAAUCCAUUUGGUGGUGAAUAUACCAUAUUUGCUGGUUUAGAAGAGUGCAUUAAGUUUAUUGCUAAUUUCAAAUUUACUGAGGAUGAGAUAGCUUUUAUCAGGUCAUCAUUGCCCCCGUCAUGUGAGGAUGGCUUCUUUGAGUACCUUCGGGAACUUGACUGUUCAGAUAUUGAGAUAUAUGCUGUUACUGAAGGAUCAGUAGUCUUUCCCAAGGUACCGCUGAUGAGGAUUGAAGGACCAAUUGCUGUGGUUCAACUACUGGAAACUCCAUUUGUAAACCUCAUAAACUAUGCAUCACUAGUUACAACUAACGCUGCAAGACACCGUUUCGUAGCUGGAAGGUCCAAGAUACUGCUUGAAUUUGGGCUUCGGAGAGCACAGGGUCCUGAUGGUGGUAUAUCAGCAUCAAAAUAUUGCUACAUGGGUGGAUUUGACGCGACAAGCAAUGUGGCAGCUGGAAAGCUGUUUGGAAUCCCACUCCGUGGAACACAUUCCCAUGCCUUUGUUAGCUCAUUUCUG